AUGAAAUUGAUUUUGUCUUUACCGAGUUCGUGUUCUUGGGUUAAUUUUGUGUCUUCAAGUACGGUAUUUUAAGGUUCUGUAGCUGCGUGGAAAACAAAAUGGCGCUUAAUGAGGUAUCAAGCAACGCCAGUUUCGAGGGUUAUCAGAAAGUCUUCUCUCACCAAAGCUCUGAGCUCAAGUGUGAAAUGAAGUUCUCAGUGUACAUUCCUCCACAAGCAGAGUCACAGAAUGUUCCUGUGUUAUACUACCUAUCAGGGCUGACUUGCACAGAACAAAAUUUCAUUGGUAAAGGUGGUGCCCAGAAAUAUGCCGCACAAGAGGGUAUUAUGAUAGUAGGACCAGACACUAGUCCAAGGGGUGUUAACAUUGAAGGUGAAGAUGACAGCUGGGACUUUGGGUCUGGAGCUGGUUUUUAUGUGGAUGCAACUGAACCAAAGUGGAAAAAUAACUACAGGAUGUACUCCUAUGUUACAAAAGAGCUUCCAGCAGUUAUUCAAAGCAACUUUCCAGUAAUUGCAAACAAGCAAUCUAUAACCGGACACAGCAUGGGAGGACAUGGUGCAUUGAUCUGUACUUUGAAGAACCCUGGACUCUACAAGUCUGUCUCAGCUUUUGCCCCAAUCUGCAAUCCAAUGGCUUGUCCUUGGGGUAAAAAGGGUUUCACUGGCUAUCUGGGACCAAACAAGGAUGCCUGGAAGGAAUAUGAUUCUUGUGAGCUUGUUAAAAAGUACAGUGGCCCAGCUUUAGAUAUCCUCAUUGACCAGGGUACUUCAGAUCAAUUUUACCCUAAUCAACUUCUUCCUGAAAAUCUUGUUGAGGCCAGCAAAGGAACCAACGUCAAAAUAUCUCUUAGGAUGCAAGAGGACUAUGAUCAUAGUUAUUAUUUCAUUUCAACCUUCAUGGAAGACCACAUAAAGCACCAUGCCAAGUACCUCAAGGCCUAAGACAUGUAGUUUUGCAUGUGCCCUUCUGGCUCAAAAACAGUAAUUAAUCGUACUGUCUGUAUGUCAAGCAUGAAACCAAAGAGGAGUCGGAGCCAACCAAGUAGAAAGAUGUAGAUCUAUUUUUGAAAAUUAGAAACUAAUUAAUAAUUUAGCUGAAGAAAAGACUUGAGAGUGAAAUAAGUAAUGUCUUUAUUUUGCAAACAUGGAAUGAAAUAAAGAAAUAAAAAUGAAAA